UCAGGAGCGGAGUACAAUGGAGGAGAGCACAGUGCAGACACACUGCUGAAAGACUUAGCCGAUGUCAGCGUUUCACACCGUGCAGCUUUAACCGGAUCGGAGAUUACGCAUAGUUUGGGAUAGUCUCACUUCUUUUCUUUUUUUUCCGAUUGUUUCGGCCAGUGGAAGAGAUUGCAUUCGGGCACCGAUCUGCAUCACAUAAGAAGUCAUCAUGCCCCCCACAACCCCGUAUGCCGGAAAGUUCAACUCUUACAGCAACAACAACAGCCACCCACAGCCUCACAGUCCGUACCGCAGCGGCACCGCGCCGAAGCCCGCGAAGGAGAACGUCUACAACGGCGCCUACUCUUCCUCGGAAAACCCGUACGACAUACCGCAGCCGCACAGCUCGUACCGCAGCUCCUCCGUCUCCUCUGCCACCGCCAAGGAGCACCACUACAAGAGCAGCUGCGCGGUGUCGGAGAACCCGUACUCCCCGCCGCCGCCCCACAGCCCGCGUCAGCACAGCACCUCCUGCCCUGGACGCGCGUACCGUCACACCAGCAGCAGCAGCGGCAGCGAGCAGUCGUGUCGCAACAACUCGGCGAAAGGCCGACUUUACGGACACGCCAUCACCGCUAGCUAUGGGGAGAUGUGUUACCAUGACAACAGUUUGGUUUCAGCAUCCCUCGAGGCGCUGAUCCAGCACCUGGUUCCCACGGUCGACUACUACCCCGAUAGGUCGUACGUGUUCACCUUCCUGCUGAGUUCACGCCUCUUCCUCCACCCGUACGAGCUCAUGACCAGGGUUUGUCACCUGUGUGUGGAGCAGCAGCGGUCUGGAGACGCCCUGCUGGAUAAGAUCCGUUUCCGCGAGGUGGCACCAAAGCUGGUGCAGCUGCUGACCGAGUGGACGGAGACGUUUCCGUAUGACUUCCGGGACGAGAGGAUGAUGCGUUGCCUCAAGGACAUGACGCACCAUGUGGCCAGAGGCGAUGAGUACUCUUGGCGAGCCAUGCAGCAGAUGACCCAGCGGCUGAUCAAGCGUCUGUCUGCCCUCGGCCAGUACGAGGAGGCCGUGGCUGCGCUCAACGCCGUGGCGAUGGAGCGUCCCGCGUCCCUGAAGAGCAAACAGGCCUCGGGUCAGCGAAGCGACGUGAUGAGCGUGUGUGACGACCCGUUCAUCCUCGCCCAGCAGCUCACGCACAUCGAAUUGGACAGGCUGAGUUUUAUCGGUCCUGAGGAGUUCAUCCAGACUUUCGCCAUGAAGGAUCCUCUGGAGAACCAUAAGGGUUUCUUCCGGAAGCGUAAAACCAGUAACCUGGAGGCCUACGUCAGCUGGUUCAACAGACUGAGUUACCUGGUGGCCACUGAGAUCUGCAUGCCAGUGAAGAAGAAACACCGAGCACGGAUCAUAGAGUUCUUCAUUGAUGUGGCUCAGGAGUGUUUCAACAUUGGCAACUUCAACUCCCUCAUGGCCAUCAUCACUGGAAUGAACAUGAGUCCUGUUGCCAGGCUGAAGAAAACCUGGAGUAAAGUCAACACUGACAAGUUUGAAAUCCUGGAGCACCAGAUGGACCCAUCCAGUAACUUCAGCAACUACCGCACUGCGCUGCGUGGCGCCACCCAGAGGUCUGAGACUGCACACAGCAGCCAGGAGAAGAUUGUGAUCCCUUUCUUCAGUCUCCUCAUUAAAGACAUCUACUUCCUGAAUGAAGGCUGUGCCAGCAGGCUGUCCAACGGACACAUCAACUUUGAGAAACUGUGGGAGCUUGCAAAGCAGGUGAGCGAGUUCCUGGUUUGGCGUCAGGUGAUUUGUCCGUUUGACAGAGACCGCCGCAUCCUCCAGUACCUCGUCACCACACCGGUCUUCAGUGAAGACGAGCUACAUCUGGCCUCUUAUGAGAGUGAAGGACCUGAGAACAACAUGGAGAAAGACAGCCGUCGGUCUCUCAGAUCUUCCCUCCUACAUCGAGAGAAUCGAUCCUAAGAAAAUGACAAUCCCCCCCGCUCUACACACUGUAAAUGAACCAGGUGUUUUACAGGUUCCUCAGUAUUAUCCUACGGACGCAUUUUUAAAUCCCCUUGGCCAAAUGUUAGGUCUUAGACGAACACUGAUGUGCAGGGCAACAAACACAGCUGGGCCUAUAUUCUCACGGAUCAACAGAGGAAUAUAUUACGAUAUUUGGGCUUUGAGCUCUCAAGGAGCAUAAAUGAAUCAUAAAUCAGAUAUUGUACCAAUCCUUGAUGAAAUCCAUUCAGUGCCAAAGCACCUCAAUGCUGCAGUUAUCUCUACAACCCUCUGCCUUGCUAGCAUUCGUGGACCCAAGAAGAGCUCAGAUCACUGAUCUGUGUCGUCAUCUUCAACAUCAGCUCUGUCCAAAAGGCACUUAGAGGAUUUCAGACUGCAGAACGUGUAUGGAUUUUGGUUAUAUCUCCAGUGGACCUCCAUCGUGGCGGCGCUGGCCUCAUGCUAUGGAAGCACGAAGGGCUCUGAAUGAAACGGAUAUGAACCCGACUGGUCACAUCGCAACAUUAGCACUGCUUCUCUGCUGGACUCUAUCAAAAAGCACAGAGAGAGAGAGGAGAGAUCCGCUUUGAAAGGAAGAGUUGAUUAUCAUUGAUUUGUAUUAUAAAUAGUGGGCUAACAACUGCUUUUAGAAGUGGCGUGGUCUGCGUUGUUGUCUUGUUGAGUGCAUGAUUUUAAUGAGAACACCUUGGCAGCAGCUGCACCAUGUCCACUCCUAUUUCACAGCCAUUCGAGCCUUUUAUCUAAUUUAAACACAUAAUGCAAGUCAAUGCAUCUGCUACAUAUCUCCAAAGCUGCUCUACUCAUACUGUUUUCAGCAAUCAUGCUAUUUGGUUCUCAACGUUUUGUGAGGUGUGCACUUUGACUGCGUAUUGGUGAUGCAAAAUUGUGCUAAUCAUGCAAGUUAAAUCAAAUGCACUUCAGUGGGUUCUCGUGUAUUGUAUCAUAGGACUUGUGACUCCUAUUUUAAGGCGUCUUUCUAUACAGUAUUACAUUGUAUUUUGUAUCAGAAGGUUAAAAAAAUGUUUUUUUCUUUAUGUACUUUCUCUGAAGUUUCACCGUGAGCUUGUUGCUGGUUGGCUGGCUCUGCGCUGGUAAGCUAUCUUGUUAAUACAACACCAGUUUGUGUAUGACAAAGAAGUGUUUAGAGUGUGAAUGAAGCACAAACUGAUGUGUGUGUGCGUGUGCAGCAUAGAUGCAAACAGGAUCGCGAUCCUCCUCUUCAUCUCCUCUGAUGUUGUGAGCGUGAUGUGGUCCUUUGAAGUCUGCCUGUGAGUGAACAUGAUGCUAUUUUUAUCUUUUAAAGAAGCUCAUUUUGUGGUUCAUUUUAUAAGUGUUUUCUCAUGUAUGCUUUUUUUCCCAAUCUUUUUUGUGUAUCAUUUGUGUUACCGGUCAGGGUACUUUUACUGAAGGUCUUUGUGAAAAGAGAAUUAUAUUUUUUCUUUCAAAUAAACACAAUAAGUGAAUAAUA